AUGUUACUAAAAUUAUUAAUACUAAGUGCAGUACUUUUGGUAGGGGCAGAGAAAGUAGACUAUAGUAAUUAUGGUAUGUACAAUAUUGUACCACAGAAUACUAAUGAUGUAGAAUAUCUUAGAGAAUUAUACAAAAAACCAGAUGGAUUGAGAUUUUGGUCUGAACCGUCACAAGUUGGAGGUGAAGUUGUUGUCAUUGUGCCACCAGAUGUGAGGAGUAACUUUGAAGAUUCUCUCUCAAGGAAGGGCAUUGUAUUUGAGAUGACAUCCAACAAUGUACAAGAAAUAAUAAACGCAGAAGUACCUAAAAGAAAGCGGCGCAACAUAAAUGAUGGUGAAAUAUAUUUUGACGCAUGUCUAACAGUGAAUCAAAUCAACCAGUAUUUUAGUUACUUAAGUCGGAAUAAUAGCGCAGUUGCCAACAUGUUUACCAUUGGAAAAAGUUUUGAAGGUAGAGAUAUCAACGGCAUUAGAAUAUCUAGAGGUUCCCCAACUCGUACGUUUGUGCUGACUGGUGGAGAAAUUGGCGCCGACUGCUUAUCACCAACGAUUCUGACAUAUAUCGUAAAGGAAUUAUUCGAAGCUGAAGAUCCUGAGGCUCGUGCUGCAACAGAACAGUUCGAAUGGCAUAUCAUACCUGUAAUCAACCCUGAUGGAUUCGAUUACUCGCAAACUGUUGAUAGACUAUGGCUAAAGAACAGGAGACGAGACAAUAUGGUACCAGACGGUGUGGAUCUCACCAAGAAUUGGAACUCGAAUUGGGGAAGUUAUGGUGGUAGCUUUGACGCUACACACGAGAACUACAUUGGGAUUGGACCAUUUUCGGAAAUAGAGACAAGACUCGUAUCCAACUACAUUCUGAAUUUAGCUCAAAACAUGUCUGGAUUGCUAUCAUUUAGAACAUUUGGACAGAGGUUAUUAUUGCCAUUUGGGGAUAAUUAUAACCAAAUGAUAGUAAUUGGAAGGAGAUCGCUGGGUUCACUGUCAGUGAGAUAUAACACUCAAUAUUUGGCUGGGUUAUCGACUGAUUUUGCCAACAGUUUUACUGGAAAUAUUGGAGGUUGGGUGAAAGAUAAUUUUAAAGCCCCAAUAGUGGCAACAUACGCUCUAAGGAAUACUCACGUCCUACAGGCUAACCUAAUAACACCAGCAUGUGAAGAAACCUAUGACUCUGUAAUGGCCAUACUCCGAGAAGCAAGAUUUAUUAACGUGAUCUAGAAUGUUCUGGAAUUACUAUAUAUUUUUUAGUACUAGUGCAACGUC